AGGAGUGUGAUUACAAAUGGAAGAGAGGCUGAGAGUGCUACUCAACGGCAAACACGGGGUGGCCGAGUUCAGAUGUGAGAGAUUGAGAGAGAGGGAGAGAGAAAAGAAAGUAAGAGAGGGAGAGACAGCAGAUCUGUCUAAGAAAGGUUAACAGGACUGACUGACUGAGUGGAGUGGGAGUGUAAAAAUGUAAAAACCAGGGAGGAGGACACAAGCCAGACAGGUGCGGUGAGCGUCUGUGGCCAUGGAGGCUUUGUGAAGAUGGGUCGUGUGGAGAGAUAGAUGGAUGGAUGGAUGCAUGGACAAUCGUGACGACCUUGGACCUGAAUAUCUGCAACACUUGCCAAGAGACUGGAGUCUGUGUCACAUGAUCGCAACACCUCCACAGCUUCUGCAGGAGGGCACGCAGUGCCAGCGUGAGUGACGGUCGGUGUGAGCCAAUGAGCUUCAAACCAAACCCAGCUAUUGUCCCGGACAGGGAUACCCUCCCGCUCAAAAAGAGGGACCAAAGACCGAGCUCACCACCAGAGCAGCAGCAGCAGUGUGAUGCUGCAACAUUUAAGGCGCCAUACCCUUAUAGGAGUGAGUUUAAGGCAAAGCACACAGGUCCUUUCCAGCCUGUACCAAGACGGGUCCCUGCACUGUACCAGCCCUGGAUGCAGACUCACUCAUCCAGGUCCAGACGUCAUGACCUCUCUGCAUUCAGGGAUCAUCAUGGCUGGGCAGAGUGGAGAGAGUUCAACCCGCUCCACCCUGGAUGGGCUUUUUCUCACCACUAUCAGCACCACAGCCACUUGUCUCCACUCCACCUGGGCCAUCCACAUCACCCCUCCAGAUUCAGCCCAGUCUCCCUGGUCUCUGAUGGUUUCCAAAGGGUGGGUGGAGGGUAUGGCUGGGAGCAGCUCAAGACAUUAAGGGACAAGAGUUUCAACACAGAGAGGCAAAACAAUGGGAGGAAUAAAGGACCAUAUGUGAGGAGAAGGGACAGAAAAGUCGAGCAUUUUCCCAGAGUUGAAAAAGCGAGUCCUCCAUCAUUGAGCACAAGCCUACCUCACUCCCCACAUGAAGACCUGCAAUAUGAGGCGCUGCAGAAAUCAGCAAAAGAUGUCAAACAUCCCGCCUCUGGACAUUCCUUUUUAAGAGUUUCCCCUGUUGAUAACAGCAAUUACACCUCCAUGAAGGAGGAUGCAUCAAGAUCUUCUGCUCUCCCGUCCUCUGAGCAGGUUUCGUCCUCUUCAAACCAUUUCCCCUGGCUGCUCCCUCACUUUGUGGCAGGCUCUCUGAUCGAGCUCAGAGACGGGCGGCUGAGGAAGGUGGAACACCUGACGACAGAGGACUUCUUGCUGGGUUCACUGGUUUCACCCGACCUGCACCUGAGCUGCUGCACGGUGCAGAGCAUCUCCCCUUCAGCGUCCUCCUCCUCCAUCUCGCGCCUCCUCAUCCUGCUUCACGACCAGCAGUCCCAGGAGUUGGUGGAUGUCUAUGUGGAGUACCCAUUCUUUGUGCGUGGGAGGGGUUGGUCCUCCUGUAACCCUCAGAGGACCACCCAUCUCUGUGGCCUGCAUUGCCGUCAACUCAGUGUGGGGGACAUCUGCCUGGCUCUCACCCCUGUCUCAGCCCCCCAGCCUCCAUCCUCAGCCACUUCGGAGCCAAAAACCUCAUCCAGUACAUCCGAAGGAGGGCGUGAAUCCGUAAAGGCACCACAACCAAAACCUGCCCUCAGGCCAGAGCGUCUGGCAGGGGGGCAGAAGACGGAUGCAAAGGCGGCCCGCAGAAGACACUAUUCGGCCCCUGAGUUGAGAGGUCCAGGGACUAACUGCAUGUAG